ACAUAGACGACGAAAACCAGUUCCGCGGUAACUCGAGGCUACAUCUAAGUACCACUUUCGACCGAGUAGUUCCUUCUUGAAUUUUGAUUUUGACUGUUGGUUCUUAAGCGACCUGGUUUUUUUUUGUCCGAAAUAUGGCCCGUGAUUGACGCGACGUCAAGUAGUGAUUAAUUUCCGGGAUUUUUGAAUUUUCUUAGGGAUCUCUCGGUUUGUUUGAAGAGUACGUACAAGAUGCCUUGUUCCGCUGUUACUCUUAGUUUAGCUACGAUCACUAGCAUUAUAGCUGUCGCUUUGUUAGCUAUAGCGUUUGCCACGGAUAAUUGGCUUUAUGUUGAAGUACGAAGGACAAAUAUUCAGAAUUUCUUAAGUAGAAACUCUGAUAUCCAAAGCCAGACCCUAUUAGAUGCAGUUAAUUCGAAAUACUACUAUUAUACGAGAACAAAGGGACUUUUUAGGACGUGUUUCCCGAAGGAAAGACCACCAACGAUAAAACUGUACCUAAGCCCUGUAGAAACCUAUUGCACCAAUAUCAACUACUACAUUCCCGAUGAAAACAAUGAAACUAAGGAUUUUACUGAGGAUGCGUGGACAAGAUUACAUAUGGGAAGAUCCAUGAUUGCUCUCUUCAUUUUAUCAUUUUUCGCGGUGUUCGCAGCAUUUUGCACUGGAGUUACCGGCUGCUGGAGGCGCUCACCAGGAAACAUAACCGCCACCGCCAUACUUAUGUUACUUUCUUGUCUGCUGAGCGCAGGAGCAAUGGGACUGUGGCACGGAGUUGAAUAUUACGAAAAAGAAAAGCAAGUUGGAGAAGAAUUUUAUCAACAGUGGAGUACCGUAUUACGUGAUCACACACGAAUAUUCUACGAUUGGGGCUACAUGUUGGCCUGGGCGGGAGUUGGGUGGGCCUUGACGGGCGCCAUCUUGUUCUCUGGAGCGGCCAUCUGCCUAAGAGGCGAGAGGGAGCGAGAAGAGGCUAUUAACAUGCAAUAUCUAAUGCCUGUUUAUCCACAGAAACAGCAAUACGCUUAUGCCGGUUACCCAGUACCUCCUCAGCCCUAUUCCGGCCCAUAUUACACCACAGGUUCUGCUUACGGGCCAUACAACUACUGAUUAUUUGAUGUACCGACCCGAACCUGAAUCCGGAUAUUGAUUAAUUAUUUCAUGAUAAAAUUACUGUACAGUGCCUUUUGUAAUGGGGGCUAGAAAUACCUUUCAGGCCCGAUUCUAUUUAGUAACAUAUUUUAGGUUUGUUUUUGUGUAAUAUACUGUGACUGACUUAGCUCAAAAUUCUAAACAGGUGCGCAAUAAGAACUUUCUCGAAAAAUUUUCUUUACAGUAACUUUUAUUAAUUGUAUAUUUAUUUAUUAGAUUUCGAUAGGUAUAGUUUUAUAUUGAUAGUUUUUAGGAUCUUGUACAUUUUAUUUAAGUUAAAAUAAUUGCUAGAACCUUUUAUUUUAUAUAUUAUCUAUAUAUUUACUAUAAAAUAAUUAAAGUACCUUUUAAAUAUCGAUAUUGAUUCAGGAUUGAUUUCUAGUAUCUGGCUAGGGCUCUAUAAUGUUGCUCAAUUUUUUUUCUUUGGCCCUGCCAUUAAAUAAAAAUUACAUUAUAAUAACUUAUUAGUCAAUAUCGGUAUUAUUUAUCGACAUAUAAACGAGAAAUAUCACUUGCACUGUGAUAGCGAUUUUGCUAAAAGAAUCUCGAGUCUACAGAACAAUGUUUUUACCAUUAAAGUAUCACAACGAAGCUAGAUUUUAGACAUAUUUUCAUCAUUAUAUUCUUCUAUUAUUUUAUGAAUUAUAACCAAAUAGAUAAAUUACGAAAAA